GCCUAGAUGUUGUUAAGGUUAAAUAUUUUGGUUGUUAAGGUUAAAUAUUGGAGUUGAGUUCACGUUUGGAUUUUGUGUUUUCAUUCAAUAGUUUUCCAAUUUCUGUUUUACCUAAAGGUUCAUCAUGUCUCUACUUUCAUCUCUUGUUAGGACAAUUGGUCGUGUUCCUGUUGCUCGAACCCAAUUCGCUGCUUUAUUUUCUACUAGUCCAGAAUGGAAAGAUAAGCUUGACAAAAUGGUUUCAUCUAAUAAGGUUGUUGUUUUUAUGAAAGGAGUCCCUAAUGCUCCUAGAUGUGGUUUCAGCAACGCUGUUACUCAGGUUUUGCGUAUGCAUGGAGUCGACUAUGAUGCAUAUGAUGUUCUAAGUGAUGAAGAUUUAAGACAAGCGGUAAAAGAUUAUACCAAUUGGCCCACCAUACCUCAAAUUUAUAUCAAUGGACAAUUUGUUGGUGGAUGUGAUAUUAUUCUGCAAAUGCACAAGACUGGUGAAUUAAUCGAGAUGCUCAAACAGAUUGGUAUAAAAUCAGCUCUGAGUGAAACGGAGAGCCAGUAGGUUUUAGUUGAAUUAUAUUUAAUUAGAAUAGCUCAGACCGACCAAAUAUAGGAAAUAAUCAAAAUAAAAAUAUUUCAUAAAGAGUC